UGAGACUGAAGGAGGGGCGAAAUUGAGGGGGCUGUGAGCACAGUAAGGGGGCUGGGAAAGCAAAUUAGAGGGGAGGCUCAGGCCAACAGGGAAGGUCCGAGCCCUCUCCCCUGGUGGGGAGGGGGCUCUGUCCAUAUAAGGCAGUUUUGCGGCCCCUGCUCUCCCCAACGCGGGCAGGUCUGCCACAUCCUGAUGACCGGACGCAGCGACAUGGAUUCGCCCGCCGCUUUUUCGGGCUUCCCGGCCCUACCCUCCGUCGCGCCGUCGGGGCCGCCGCCCUACCGCGACAGUCCGCGCAAGUGGCAGAACAGCAUCCGCCACAACCUCACGCUCAACGACUGCUUCGUCAAGGUGCCCCGAGAGCCGGGCAACCCGGGCAAAGGCAACUACUGGACGCUCGAUCCUGCGGCCGCCGACAUGUUCGACAACGGCAGCUUCCUGCGGCGCCGCAAGCGCUUCAAGCGCGCCGAGCUGCCCGCGCAUGCGGCCGCGCCGCCGGGGCCCCCGCUGCCCUUCCCCUACGCGCCCUACGCGCCCGCGGGCCCCGGGCUGCUCGCCCCGCCACCCGCCGCGCCCGGGCCCGCACCGCCCGCGCGCCUCUUCAGCGUCGACAGCCUGGUGAGCCUGCAGCCUGAGCUGGCGGGGCUGGGCGCCCCCGAGCCGCCCUGCUGCGCCGCGCCCGACGCCGCUGCCUUCGCGCCCUGCGCGGCCGCCGCCUCGCCGCCGCUCUACUCGCAAGCUCCCGACCGCCUGGGGCUGCCCGCGACGCGCCCCGGUCCUGGCCCGCUGCCCGCUGAGCCCCUUCUGGCCUUGGCCGGACCAGCCGGUGCCCUUGGCCCGCUGAGCCCCGGGGAGGCCUACCUGAGGCAGCCGGGCUUCGCGCCGCCGGGGCUGGAGCGCUACCUGUGAGCCUCUCCCAGGGCAAGAGCUCCUGUAGUCACCCUCCCUCCGGACUAGAGCGUGCCUUGUGGGCGGCCGCGUCGCGGUCCCCACCACCCUCCCUCUUGGGGCGCACCUCUGAGGCCCCAUCUUUGCCUUCUGAAUUGAACACAUCUGCAGAAUCCUUCGCUGUCCUCCACCCCUGGGGAGACUCCCUCCAUCUCAGACACUGGACUGUAUGUCCCCUCCAAUUUGUGAGCCCUUCAUAUCUUUUCCCUCCACUUAUGAACUCCCAUCUUUGCAUCCCCACAGCGCUGUGGAUCCCAGGGAGCUGGACUCCCACCAGCGAGGUGCCCUAGGUGUCCUGGUGAUUUGCAAGCCACAGGAACCUUUGGUCUCAAGCUGCCUCCUCAACUGAUUCUACCUGGUCAUCCUCCUCUCAUGUUUUGUCAAUACAUUAGAGGUCAGACUGCUGGGUUCCUUACUUGUCCCUUACUCACCAUCAAUUACCUAUUUGUCCUCUAUUUCUCAACUCCCCUUUCCAGACAGACAUACCUGACUGCCUAUUCCAGGCCCUGAAGACAGUUCUUGGAAAUUUCUGAGACAAGCAGCACCAGGGGCUCCUGCCUGAAAGGGGAAUUAGUGGGCCUUUAUGUCUGCCCUACCCACUGGAAAGCAUAGGAUUUAUCAGGUUAUUAUUUUUUAAUUAAAGCUGAUUUAAUUAAAAAGUAAGAAGAACCCUUUCACUGGG